AUGGUAACAAGUGUAGAUCAUGAUCAAAAUUCUGGUUCCAUGGGGGAAAGUCAAUUAUGGGGUGAUCUCAUAAAUAUAGAUAACAUUGGUGGGAGUAGCAAAAGAAACUUAGAUAUGAAUUCAUUGAAUCGGAAUGAAGUAAUUAAUGAAGGAGGAGUAGUUCUUGUGAAUGGAAAACCAAAUCGAGGUAAAGGUGGAAAAUAUCGUGAUUCUCAUCAUGAAAUGCACAUAUGGAGUAAGAGAGAAAGGAGAAAGAAAAUAAGGAACAUGGUUGCUAGCCUUCAUGCUUUGCUUCCAGAUUUUCCCUCUAAGGUUGAUAAGUCAACCAUUGUGGAUGCAGCAGUGAAAGAAAUAAAAAAUUUACAACAGAUUCUUGAAAAUCUAGAAUUAGAUCUAUGUCCCCAUUUGUGA